AUACUUGAAACUAUUAUUGAUCGUGAAGAAGGCAAGAAAAAGGAAAAAGCGGAGUAUCUCCUUCAAAGAUAUAGAGAAGCUGUUUGCCGAGCCAAAACCAUGUUGGGCACAGGUGACCUGCUCGGUUGUCUGAUGCUGAAAGGCUGUUUGCCUAUACUUCAUAGGUCCCGCUGGGGCAUAGAUGACCUGUUCG